CCUCGUGUACAAAAGGCCCCCGAACCGUACCCUCUCUUCCCCUUAUCGCCUCUUUACACUCUCCUUUCUCGAUCCCCAAAUUAACAUCGAAAUCGAUCUCUGAUUUUCUUCUAAUUUCUUCCUCUAAUCUGUAAAUCACGUAAAUAUCUUGUCAAUUCUCGUUCUUCUCGUUCGUUCCAUCUCUCUUUCUAUACCAGCCGUUGAUUUUUCGCGUUUCUAGGGUUAGGGUUCUUCGAUCUCCUCGAUCGAGCCCCUUUUGUCCCUCGGUAUCUGCUGGAUUUUAGUUUUCUCUUCGAUUUAUGUUGAUUUCCUUCUUUGAUUUGGUCCAAUUUUGUCCGAUUGUUCUCGAUUCGUUUUCUUUUUAGGCUUUAGAUUCGCUCGCUUCGUUAGGGUUCGUCUGUUUCUGUAAAUUUUUGAGGGUUUUGGUUAUCAACGUUGCGGCGUGGUUGUUUCGAGGAGUUUUGCACCGUGAUUGUUUCGUUUCCUUGGCGAAUUGGGAAUUUAGGGUUAGGGUUUCUUUAUAAAUUUAGGGCUUCCCCCAGUAGUCAAAUUAAUAAGGGUAAUCGUCUCUUUCUAUCGUGAAAUUAAUUUUAGUGUCUAAUUAAGUGCUAUUCCUAUCUCAAUUAAGGGUUCUAGGGCUUUUAAUUUGUCCCCGGUUUUUUUCAGCUCCUUUUCAGUAGUUAAAAGUUUCAGUUCAACUCAAUUUAGAGGUUGUAAAUGGGAUUUAAGCGUCCUUUUGAUGAUGAGGAGCUGCAGGAACUUCCUUUCAAGAAUCUGAGACAGUUUGACUAUAGCAACAAGAUGACUCAGUUUGCUGAUACUUUUCCUCGUAGUAAUACUCCUCAGAAACCUCAUAUUUCAGAAGUUGAGGAUGGAUUUCGUAAAUACCAAUGGGAUGAAGUAUUUGAAACUGAUGCUCUUAAUGAUGUUACACAUUUCAUUGACAAGGAUUUUGAGACUAGUGCUCCCUUGUCUUUGGUCACGAGCCCUUCUAGUGAGGAAGAUACAGGUACUGGGGCAGCAGCUAUUUUACCUGUUUCUCCAGAAUAUUUUGACUUUGAUUUGCCUCGAAGAACAUUUGCUCCUGUUGAGGAUGCCUAUUCUUUAUUUUUGGAUCGGUCUCCUCGAAGACAAGUUCUGCUUGGACCAAAUCAUCAAGCCAAUGUUCCAUCGUGGGGUAGGCACGUAAAGAAGUAUGAGUUUGCUCAGAGUGAUGCAUCAGACAGCACUGAUAAUGACAAAGAAGACAUGAUGAUGGGGACAUGUGUCAUUCCAAUGCCUGAGUCAUAUUUGUCUGCUAACAACAGUGGCAAAGUUGGUGCUGGCAGAACUGACUGUAGCUGCCUGGAUAGGGGCUCUUUGAGAUGUGUGCAACAGCAUGUCAUGGAGGCACGGGAAAGACUACGAAAAUCCCUUGGGCAUGAAAAAUUUGUGAAGUUGGGGUUUUAUGACAUGGGAGAGGAUGUAGCAUAUAAAUGGAGUGAAGAAGAUGAAGAGAUAUUUCGUGAGGUUGUUUACUCAAAUCCUUCAUCAUUAGGUAAGAAGUUUUGGAAGGACCUGUCAGUGGUGUUCCCAUCACGAUCCAAGAGGGAGCUUGUCAGCUAUUAUUUCAAUGUCUUCAUCCUUCAGAGACGAGCUGUUCAGAAUAGAUCCAGUAUGCUGGACAUUGACAGUGAUGAUGAUGAAUGGCAUGGAAGUCAACAGGCUUAUGAAGUUCAAGAUUCAGAUGAAGAUGAAGACUCAGCUAUUGAGUCUCUUGCUGAUCAGGAAGAUGUGGCUAAUCGUGAAGGGGAGUGUCUUCAAGAUGAUGAUGAUGAUGAUGAUGAAAGUGAUGUUGGAGAUGGUAGCUGUGCUCUGACAAGAGAGGAUUAUGGUGUAAAUCAUUUGUUAGAAGGACAUGUUGCCAAGUCAUUUGAUGAGAGCAGGUUUGAUCCCUGUUUUCAACAAACAAACAAGGUUUCGGGAAUAGGGGAGGAUUUAAAUGUUCAAGAUGACUCAUGCAUGUCUUUUGAGUUUCAGCCAAACAUGGUUGACUCUCUUAGUGUGAUUGACACAAAGGCCAAUUCACAUGUUAAUGGAGUGAAGACUGACAAUUGUUUGCGGGGUAGAUUAGAUGGGUCUAGUGAUCUGGCUCACCAUGUGUAUUUAUUUGAUUCUUGUGAUACGAAAAUCUGGGACACAAGGUAUCCUACUGCUCCAACAAAAGGUAUUGAUCUCCAGCCCACAUGCAACAUUAUUGAAGAGAUUUUUGGACAAGAUACUCGGGACAACAAGACGAGAAUUGAAUGAGCAUCAGAUAGUGUCUCUUCGGAAAGUCCUGAACCACUCCCUGAGGGAGGGCUAAGAUUUUGGUUUUUGACCUCUUUUUUUUACUUUUUUUCCCUGUAAAUCCAUUUUUCCAAUGUAUUUUGCUGCAGCAUGUUAAAAGAGCUCUUAAUGGGAUCUUUCUGCUUUUGUAAAUUGCACAGCAGUACAACACUCUUACCUCUUCUUUAGGGUCCAAGGUAGUCUUUUCUUGGAUUUUGGGGCUGAAAAUUGUUUGAAUCUUUCUGUGGAUAAGUAACUCAGAUCGAAUGGCAUUGACUUGUAUACAGAUACUGCUGAUAGCUUAUACCUGGCUUUUGUAUAGAUUUAUUAACCAAACAAUACAUUUAUGAGAGGCUUUCAUGUUC